GUGUGAGGAGAAGGAGGUGUUACACACUCACGGAGAAUGUCACAGACACUGAGCCACGGACGCUGAGCCACGGACACUAAACCACGGACACAUACACUGAGCCACGGGACAGGAGACAUGCAGCCGUCAGACGACAUGGAGGGAUCCAUGGAGUCCCCCAACCUGGAGUUUGAAUAUGGGGACACUGACAGCCUGACAGCAGAGCUUUCAGAGCUGUAUAGUUACACAGAGGAGCCAGAGUUCAGUAUGAACAGAGACUAUUUUGAGGAGGACUUCAGGAGUCAUGUGAAGGGCAGACGAUGGGUAGAACUGAGUGUGAAUGAACAGAAAGCUUAUAUCAUGAGACUGCUGGAUGCUUUGGAGGUCACCGACAGAGACAAGAGACUCAAAGUAGCUCGUGCUAUACUCUACCUGGCUCAGGGUGUCUUUGAUGAGUGUAAUACAGAGGCAGAUGUUCUUCACUGGUCCCGUCACAACGUCUUCCUGCUCUAUGAAAUGGGCAUUUUUACUGCACUGCUGGAGCUUCUCAGUAUGGAGAUCGAUAAUAACCAGGCAUGUAGCAGCGCCGUCAGGAAGCCGGCCAUAUCACUGGCAGACAGCACCGAACUCAGGGUUUUGCUGAGCAUUAUGUAUCUGAUGGUGGAGACAAUUCGGGUGGAGACAGACGAGGACAGUCCGGAGUGGCGGACAGCUCGAGAAGCCUUCAAAACGGAGCUUGGUUCUCCCAUCUACAACGGUGAGCCUUUCGCCCUCCUCCUCUUCACUAUGGUAACCAAAUUCUGCAGCAUGAGUGCUCCCCAUUUUCCCAUGAAGAAAGUCCUGCUGCUGCUGUGGAAAACUAUACUGUUCACUUUGGGAGGUUUUGAAGCCCUACAGGAGAUGAAGGUGAAGGCAAGAGAGAAGUUGAAUCUGCCACCACUCCCUGAAGACAGUAUAAAGGUAGUAAGAAGCAUGAGAGCAGCCUCACCCCCAGCUACAGCCAUGGAGCUCAUUGAACAACAGCAGCAACAGAAAAGAGGACGCAGGAGCCGCAGGCCUCUAGUCAAGCAGGACAGCUUGGACACGUACAACGAACGAGAUCCCUUUAAAAAUUAUGAUGCACGGGAUGAGGAAGAUGACGCUGAGGAUGUGGACAGCGGAAUCGAGGGUGAGGUCGACCCUCUCGAUCGUGACGUUAUAAUCCAGCCACCUCCACCUCCGCCGCCUCUGCGUCCCCCAGCGGACAGAGUAAACUUCCCGAAAGGGCUGCCAUGGGCUCCUAAAGUCAGAGAGAAAGACAUUGAACACUUUCUGGAGACCAGCAGGAACAAGUUCAUCGGCUUCACUCUGGGAAGUGAUAUAGACACACUUGUUGGGCUGCCCAGACCCAUUCAUGAGAGUGUGAAGACUCUUAAACAGCACAAGUACGUCUCUAUCGCUGAGGUGCAGAUUAAGAGAGAGGAUGAACUUCAGCAGUGCCCCAUGACUAUGGGGGAAGAGGAGGUGGAGGAAACACCAGCAGAAAUCCUGUACAUGGGAAUGCUUCCGAGCCUUUCUCAAUAUGUGAUUGCACUUUUGAAGCUUCUUCUGGCUGCAGCUCCAACUUCUAAAGCCAAGACGGACUCCAUCAACAUCCUGGCUGAUGUUCUUCCUGAAGAGAUGCCAAUCACUGUAUUGCAGAGUAUGAAGUUGGGAAUUGAUGUGAACAGACAUAAGGAGAUCAUAGUAAAAGCCAUCUCUGCUCUACUGCUGCUGCUACUCGAACAUUUUAAACUCAAUCAUAUUUACCAGUUCGAGUAUGUGUCCCAGCAUCUGGUGUUCGCUAACUGCAUCCCUCUCAUCCUCAAGUUCUUCAACCAGAACAUCAUGUCUUACAUUAGUGCCAAAAACAGUAUCUGUGUGCUGGAUUUCCCUCACUUCGUGGUCCAUGAGAUGCCUGAACUAACUGCUGAAAGCCUGGAAGCUGGGGACAACAAUCAGUUCUGCUGGCGGAAUUUGUUCUCCUGCAUCAACCUGCUGCGAAUUCUCAACAAACUCACCAAAUGGAAGCACUCCAGAACUAUGAUGCUGGUUGUGUUUAAGUCUGCGCCGAUCCUGAAGAGAGCGCUGAAAGUUAAGCAGGCCAUGAUGCAGCUUUAUGUCCUUAAGCUCCUUAAGAUGCAGACCAAGUACCUGGGUCGCCAGUGGAGGAAGAGUAACAUGAAGACGAUGUCGGCCAUCUACCAGAAAGUCCGGCAUCGGCUUAAUGAUGACUGGGCUUAUGGGAAUGAUAUUGAUGCGAGGCCAUGGGACUUCCAAGCAGAGGAGUGUGCUUUGCGUGAAUGCAUAGAGAAGUUCAAUACACGACGGUAUGACAAGAACCUAAACAACGAGUUCAUGCCGGUGGAUAACUGCCUGCAGAGCGUGCUGGGUCAGCGGGUCGAGCUUCCCGAGGACUUUCACUACAGCUACGAGAUGUGGCUCGAGAGAGAGGUCUUCUCACAACCUAUUCAGUGGGAUGGUCUGCUGGAGGCCCAGUGAUUUUAUGAAUCUUUUAUGGACACAUAAACUAGAAUAAAGCUACCUGUUAUGAGUUCACAAUAAUCCUACAUGCACAAUCCCACACAUGCAUGCAGAGACUUGUGAUCUGUAUUCUUUAUUUAAAUAAUGCCUGUAAAUAGAUGUUCCAAUACAAUGGAAGGGUUUUUAUUGUGGUAAAAUAAUCUCAUUUAUUUACAGAAGGCAACAUAUCAUCUGUGUUAGUCUUGCAGACGCAGCCAUUAUCUCUAACAUGAAGGUUUGCUAUAACACCAGCAAAACAGCAUCUAAAAUGUUUACAAUGAACUACAUAUCUACCUAUCACAUGGGUAACACUGCACCACUCACUCUCACUCACUGUCUUAACCGCUUAUCCAAUUAGGGUCCCAGCUUUUCAAUGGGCGCAAGGCACACAGUAACACCCUGGACGGGGCGCCAGUCCAUCACAGGGCAGACACACACACACACAUACACACACACAUUCACCUAUAGGGCAAUUCGGUGUCUCCAAUUAACCUGAUUAAUUAACCUGACUGUUUUUGGACUGUGGGAGGAAAUGGGAGCUCCCAGAGGAAACCCACGCAGACACUGGGAGAACAUGCAACAUGCCUGGGGAUUGAACCCAGAACCUUUUUGCUGUGAGCCACCGUGCCACCCACUGCACCACUGAGGGCCAACAGAAAUCCUAGUGUUUGUAUUUCCAUGGCUCUGCCAGUUCAUGUAGCAUAUCCAGUGGGGGCCAGAAGUCUUAGACUUUAAGUGAAAAUGCCUCUAGUUUGCAUUUUUCUUGAAUUUAUAUACUUUUACAGUACAACUUAUACAGCACAACAUAUUUUAAAGCAUUUUAAUGCAUGUUUAUUGAUUUCAGGACUUCUUACUGUUUGGUAUGUCCCUGUUUUGCUGUAAUAACAGGUCCUCAGAACCUGAGGUUCUGUCCUCAGGUGUCCCCAAAAAUGCUUAAUGGUGUUUAGGUCAUGUGACUGUGGAAAUGCAAGAUAGAAGCAUUUAAGAGAUGCAUUUUCUUUAGUGGUCUUAAAUGUUUGCCCCCCACAGUGUUUACUCCAACACAUUGUUAUACAGUGUUACCUCUUGUACCUACUGAAAUGUAUUCUAAUGCUACAUCAACAUCAGUUUAUAGGACACUAAAUUACACUGAGUUGAUAUUUUCAAAUUUUUCAAAGCUUCCAAGCUUGCAUCCAUAGUUUUGACUGGCAGAUAUAAUUAAUGCAGCACACAAGUGAUUUUCUGGCUGCUCCUCAAAAUGCAUCCCAUGUACAAGUGUGUAAUUGAUUUGAAAUACUAUUUAUUACACUAGGGAUUGAUUUGGAACACAGCCAGUCUCAAUCACUGCUGUUUUCUUUAAGCUCUGCCCUCAAAAGUUUGGUCCUGCCAUAGUAAGGCUUUCUCCCAUCAACCUUUAAGCCAAAAUCCUUUAUUGGUUUCUACAUACUCAUCAUGUUAGAGAUAUGGUCUAGUCCUAUGAGACUACCUCUAAAUAAAUACAAAUAUAAUAAGUUUGUACAUUUUAAAUCUCACAAAGAUUUAAUAGUGUUUUAUUAAAGGUGUGAUGGUAUUAAUUUA